AUGCGCCGCCAUGUCCAACAAGUACCAACCUUGCUGUGCCUCCUAGGCGCAUGUACUGGACUCCAAACGGAAGACCCACCGGCUACAGUACAAUUUGACCUCGUUUUCCCCCCAAACUACUCCUUGAUCGAACCCUACUACCCAUCACCCGUCAUCUUUGCGGUUCACAACUUCUCCGCCAUCGGCCAGAACACUUUCUUCUGGAGCUGGAACAUUACUGUUGCGAUUAACACCGUCAAGGGCUAUGAAUCAACCACCGUCGUUGCCUCAGGUCAAAGCCGUCCCGAUACCAUCGGCGUAGAAAUGUCACCUGAUGUACUUCUCAUAAUUGAGCCUGUUUCUCAGUUAUGGAACAAUACCAUGGACCUUCUUCGUCUGAGCUACACAUUCGGUCUAACUUACGCUUGCGGCAACACGACUGGACUCUCGACAAAUGGUUCAGAUAACACAGUGCAGUUUAAGGGAGAGAGUUUCUUUGCGAUAUUGCCAAACUACUCAGACGAAGACAACGACUUUAUCGGCGGUGGUAUGUCCGACUCCUUUAAGCUCCGGGUCGUCUUCUACGCCAGUCUCUCGUCCCUCCACAACGUCGCCGGUUACCUCAACUUCCCCCAUACCUUCUUCCACGCCGGCAGUGACCACACUGUCUACAACAUCUCGCGCAUCUUCUUCGACAUCCUCUUGGAUUGGAAUCGCUACAAUGCUCCGAUGUCGCUGUCGGGAUUCGAGGAACAGCGCCGCGAUGUCAGGGUUUAUAAGCCGGAUAAGACGUUCUUCAACGAGGUGUAUUUCAACAAGGAGAUUCUGUUGGAGUUGGCUGAGGAUUAG